AAUUCGUAACAUUUCUCCUUCGGUGGGUAGUACUUCUAAGGAGGGAUGUUACAUUUUCAGUACUCUUUUUUAGUGUAUGAGUAUCUCGAAAGAGGUAGCUUGACCACAUUCUUGAGUAAAGAAGCUACAGCAAGAGAAUUGGAUUGGUGUAAGAGAGUAAAUAUUUUAAAGGGUGUGGCUAACGCUUUGUCCUACAUGCACCAUGGUUGCUCCCCACCAAUAGUGCAUCGAGACAUAUCGAGCAAAAAUGUGUUGUUGGAUUCAGAAUAUGAAGCUCAUGUUUCAGACUUUGGAAUUGCUAAAUUUCUCAAGCCAGACUCAUCCAAUUGGACAACUCUUGCUGGUACAUAUGGAUAUAUUGCACCAGAAUUGGCUUACACAAUGAAGGUAACUGAGAAAUGUGAUGUAUAUAGUUUUGGAGUAUUAGCAUUAGAAGUGAUCAAGGGAAAACAUCCAAGCGAUAUCAUUCCUUCUCUAUCAUCUCUUUUCACUUGGGAGAACAUGUUGAUGAACAAUGUUUUGGACCAACGCCUUCCACUUCCACCGCCGGCUAUUCAAGAUCAACUAAUGGCAAUCGUAAAGCUAGCAAUUGAUUGCUUGGAUUCCAAUCCAGAACAUAGGCCAUCCAUGGACAUGGUUUCUCGUAUGUUUUGAACCACAACUUAUCAUUUUUUGCUACUACAUAAAAUGUCUUCUACAAUAGAACAAAUAAUUUGUGUUAUUUUCAUUUUGGUUCGUUGUAUGCAUUAGUCGAGUUUUUCCUUGUAAUUUUUAUGUAAUAGUCGAGGUUGUACAAAAAAUAAAAGUUUCAUGACUAAGAAGUGCAUGUUUAAAUUA